AUGCUAGAUAUACAGCAAAAGCGACCCUAUCCCUCCGAAUACAAUACAGAAGAUAACAGAUGUCUUCAAACCCAAGUUAGAGUGUUCAAACGUUGGGUGAAUGUAUUACUGAAACAGGCAAAUGCCAAGGAAAUAAAUGAUGUAUUGGAAAUAUUUACUGAUCAUGAAAAUUUAUAUAAUUUAUGCAAGUACCUAGCAAGUCAAAAAGUGGCAUGUAGUAAACAGACAUUCCCAGAUUAUAUCCCUCAUUUGGAACGUGCAAUAACUAUUCUAGAAAAGCUAUAUGGGAAUGAAAUAGCCACUGUUGUUCAAUCAGCUAUCUCUGAAUUUACACAAAACUCAACAGUUGAUUCGGAAAAACUACUCAAGGAAUAUUCACCGAGUUCCAGAACAACUGCAUACAGUUUAUUACUUCUUGGUUUAGAUACGUUAUGGAUUUUAAUCGUUGCUAUUCGAGCUGGAACUGGUCCAUCAACAAAUUUAGUUGGAUCAAUUAGUUCAUCAGGCUCAACAAUAACUAAAAGAAGUCAAAGUAUUUCAUCGACUGGUCAUUCAGCGCCAGCUGCUCUUGUAUCAACACGUUCACCAUGUGUAGAUCGAUGGUUAAUAAGUCAGGAUAAACGGUUACUAGCUUGGUGUAUUGCUGUGACCGAAGGGUAUCCUGGUAUUAGCUUAACGAAUUUUACACAUUCAUGGCGUGAUGGUUUAGCAUUUCUAGCUAUAGCACAUCAAAUAAGAUCGGAAUUGUUUACGUUUGAAUCUCGAUUAGAAAAAACACCCAAUCAAAAUUUAUCACUUGCAUUUCAUUUAGCAACAGCUGAAUUCGCCACUCCGAGACUACUAGAACCGGUGGAUAUGCGUCCUGAGAAUAUUGAUGCUAGAUCGACUGCUGUUUAUCUCUUAGAAUUACGUAAAGCGGUUGAAAGAGAUAGAAAGCGUCGUUCUAGAGGUAUUCUAGAAAUACAAACAACUGCUAUGAUUCAUGGACAGUCAAAUGAAGAACCAAAUGUUAUAGUUGAAAGUCGAUGUUCACCAACAUCAACAUGCAGUACUUCGGAAACUUCUUGGCUUGAUGAUGAAAUUGAAGGUGAUUCAGAUGACGAAACUGGUGAUAUAAAUCGUCUACCUGAUCCUGAUCAUUUCGGUACAGUAAUUGAAACUACAUUAGCAUGGUUACUGGCUAUGGAAGAACAAUUUGGGCAAAACGAUCUACAAGAGGAUCCGCGUAAUUUUACGAGUAGUAGUUAUACAAUGACUAAAAAUGAUCAGUUACAAUCAGUGCAUAAUGAAGAAGAUAAAAAUUUCAUUCUGCGUCUUCAAAGAGCCAACUCAAAUGAAACAACAUUAAUGCACGCAGCAAUUUUAAAAAACAUUGAUGAAGCCAGAGAUAAGUUUGAAACACAUGAGGAUUUAACUGCUCAUUUAUCACGCCGUCAAAUGGCUGUUGGGCGCUGUCUACGUCUUGGUAACCGUUUAAUAAAAACACAUGAAAACUUAGAUAAUAUUCUGAAAAAUAAUGAAAUGUUAAAUCAAGAGGAAUCAAACAGCAUUCAACCAGGUGUUGAAGCUAGCGAUGACGAGAGUUCUGAGAAUAUGGAGGAAAAACAGAGACAAAUAAUUAUACAGCAAAAACUUCGUGAAUUGGAUCCUUCUGUUAUUCAACGACAAACUGUAUUAUUGGCAACAAGAUGGAAUAAUCUAUGUCGUUUAAAUACUGCUGUAGGUAAACGUAUAACAGCAAGUUUACUUAGACGACAAACUAUGCUUUUAAGUGCUAUACGUAUACAAUUAGAUAAAUUGGAAAAUGAGCAAACUCUUCAAUUGAAUCAACAAAUUGGUCCGUCAAUUGCCGAUAUUAAAAAGCAAUUAGAAGCAAAUCGAUGUUUAGAACAGUUAAUUGAAUCUGGUGAAGCAUUAGCAGAACGUUUAGAUAAUUUCAUAACUAUUGUUCCACAAAAAACAACAGAUAAUGAAGAUAAUUAUAUAAAUGAACGUGGUGUGGAAAAUGUAAUUGCUGAGUUAGCUACUCGUUGGAGUCGUUUAGUUAGUUGGGUAAAUACACGUUAUGCAUGUUUACAAAAUGUUUUACUAUAUUGGAGACAUUUCGAAGAAGAAGCAAAUGUUUUAUCUGAUUGGUUAGAUGAGCGUACAGAUGAAGUGACUAAAACAGUUGCAAAUUUAAUCCCAUCAGUACCAAAUCAUCAUUCGAAUAAUAUAUUAACAAUUUCACAUUCACGACAUAGUUCAUUUGGUAAUGAUAUAGACUUGAAUGAACAAAAAUUAACUAACUAUAAAUUACUUGAAAGAGCUGGAUCCAGUGGCAGUUCAGUUAUGCAAACACAAGAUAGUAUGGAACGAAUUACUGUAUCAAAAGAUAAUUUAAAUCGUGAUAGUUUACAACAAAUGGUUUUAAAUCAAAAUGAUGCAGAAAUGGAAGCCAUUGACGCUUGUUUAUCACCGCACGAAUCCCGGUGGGCACAACUACUCGCCAGCUUAGAUCGUCGUGCACAAGCUAUACGUGAAGCUUGUGGUGAUACAGACAGUGUUAGUCGUCUAGUUGAAAAAAUUGUCGAUCAAUUAGUAUCACGUUGGAGUCAACUACGUGAUCCGCAAAUCAAUUGUGAAGAUUGGCCAGAAAAAGACAUAACAGAUAUUGAGAAAUAUGUUGAAUCUACAACUAAAAAAGGUUUAUUGAACAAUAUUCCAAAUAGCUCUUUAAUAAAUCAACAGAAUUCACAGUCAGAAGCUAAACGAUCAAUAGAAAGUGGUCAUCUAACGAUUCAUAAAGCAACAAAAAUUUCACGUUUUGACAUGCAACCUCCACCGUCGCCAACUGGUUAUCGUGCAGAAUUUGAGUCUAAAGCUGAAGAACUAUUAAACUGGUUGGAUAAUAGCGCAGAGAUUUUAGAAUUAAUCACAAUGGAUAAACGUCGUGUACUUGAAGCCAGUGGACAAACUCAAGUUUUAGGUCGACAUAUUAUAUCCCCUCGUUUUGAAAAUAAUGGUGGUGUUAAUGUUGAUGAUGGUGAUGAUGAUGCCAUCAAAGUGAUUAAUCGUGUAACCAAAGAACUUGAAGACUGGAGGCAUAUAAAACAACGUGUCCUACUCCUAGGAGAACAAUAUCGCGAUGAAUUGUCACAAGCCGGUGAAAAUAUUGAAGAACUCGAUCAACUAUUUGAUGAAAUUGAAGAAAGGUGGACAUAUCUUGAUAAAUUACUCAUCGAAGCAAAUCGUCAAGUGAGAAUUUCCAAUCAAAGUGUUGAAUUUCAACAGGAAGCAGCUAAAAUUCACGCAUUGCUAACUCGAUCAAAAGAAGAUGAAUUAUUAAAAUUGAAAAAUGAAGAUGAUUUAAAAGAAAUUCCAGAAUCUAAAUUAUUCACUAAUCAAACGAAGUUUCAAUCCGGUAACGAAUCAGAGAUUGAUAUUGCAAAUAUUAAUGAAAGAUUUGAGGAUAUUAAAUUACUAAUUGUUCAAGUGAAAGAUGUCAUUUCUCAACCAAUUACUAUUGGUCAUCCUGAAGAUGCUGAUGAACAACUUACGACUUUAAAUAAAAUGGUAAAAGAUUUUGAAGCUACAAGCGAAUUUCUUGCUAAUUGGGAGAUGAAUUCAGCAAAUCAUCUAGAACUAUCAUCAUCUUCAACUGUCAAAUGGAAUGAAACAUUAAAAGAUUUACGUGAACAAUAUAAAACUGUUUGUGCAGAUUUAAAUACGCGAAUUGAUUUUCUACAAGAUUUAUCAGAACAACAUGAAUUAUUUUUGAAUCAAUUUGAAGGAAUCGAAAAAUGGCUUGCAGAUAUGACAGAUUAUUUGGAUUCAGUAUCAAGAGCACACCUACCGUCAGUACCAGUUAUUCAAGCCCAACUACAGGAAAGUUGUGAAGCAUUGAAUGAUAUGAAAACGUUAAAGCCAACUUUACAAAAAGUUGACGAAGUUGCUCACAGACUUUUGGAAUACUUUAGUCCAGCUUAUGCUGAACUUACCACUAAUCGACUUCAAUCAUUGCACAAUGAUUGGAAUGAAGUGAGAAAUUUAACAAAGUCAAAUCGAGAUCAUUUAAGAGCUAAACUAUCUGAAGCCAAUAGUUCAACAAUGAUAAGUAGAAAUCAAGAAUUUCCUGGUACAACAAUUCUAUCAAAUUUAUCUUCAUCAGCGACAACUUUAAUUAAUACCCAUGUAACAAGUAAAAAUGAUUCAGCUGAUGGGUUAAUUACAAACAAUAAUACAAGUACAACUAAUAAUAAUAAUAACACUCCAUUGUCUACAUCAAUUACUGAAUUUUCAACAACUGAUAAUUCAACAAUAUUGUCUCCGACUGUAACUCCUUCUACUAUUGCCACUGUAUCAAAUGCUGUACAAGUGGAUAUUGCAAAGUUGGAAGUUUGGAUGCAUCAAUCAAAAGAACAGUUAUCACAAUUUUCUAUCAUAAAUGAUCCAAAUGAUUUGAAAAAACUGGAAAAUGUUAUCAAGGUGAUUAGUGAUAAAAUUAUUGAGAAUCGACCAAUUUUAGCUGCAAUUGAUACAUGCAGCGCUGUUAGUAUAACAGGUCAACCUAUUUUAGACACUGAAGCCUUAUUAACAAAAGCCCAUUUUGCUGAUUUAGAAUCAGCUGUCGCUGCAGAACGAGAACGUUUAAUGGCGGCAAUUUAUCAUUUAGAUGAUUUUAAAACUGUACUGAAUAGUGAAAAACGAUGGUUCGAAACUGUCAGAACAAAUAAUGAACGUGUUAAAAAUAGUAGUUAUUCAGAAAUUAGUGAAAUAACAGAUGAUUUAGAAUCCCUUGACAGAUUAUCAAGAGAACAUACAAUCGACGAUGAAGAACGUUUAAAUAAAUUAGCUAAUGCAUUACAUGAAUCAUGUGUUAUGGGUAGUGCAAUAAUGAAAGAACUUGAAAUAUAUAAAACAGAACUAACCUUAGUUAAAGUUGAAAUUGAUUCUACAACUGCUUAUCUGCAAAGUUUACUUGACCAAUUACGUUCAGUGGAUGAACGUGUUAUAGAAAUUGAGACUAGUUUAUUGAACAUUGAAGAUGAUUUGGAUAACUACUUUUUCAAUGCACAAUCUACUGGUGACAUCAGUGUAUUAACAGAUAAAUUGCAAGCACGUAUAAAAAGUGCAAAUACUUUAAUUAAAGAUCUAGAUGAAAUGAUUGAAUAUAAUUCAUUACAUUCAUGUACUGAUUUUUUGACCAAUCGACUAGAAAGUUAUAAAGCUCAAUUACAGGAACGUGUUGAACCACUGAGUAAAAUCUUACCUCAACUAUCAAAUCCUUCAGUUCAUCAGUCAAGAUUAAAUAAAUUAAACAUGGAAUUAAAACAAAUCGAAAACAAACUUUGUAGGCUAGAUGUUAUAUCUGUGGAUCCAGAAGAUAUUAAAGCAGCAGUCAGUAGUGGACGAACGAUGCUUGCAACACUGAAUGAAUUAAAAACUGAUUUGUUAAAUAUUAUGGAUAGUGAUGAAUCAUUAUAUACUAAUGAAAAAUUAAACAAUGAAUGUUUAAGCAUGUUAUCUGAAAAACAUAAUCAAUUAGUUUUACAAAUUUUAUCUGGACUAGAACGUUUAGAUAAAGCUUUACCAUUAAUUGAAGAACUGGAACAACUUAUGUCACAGAUUAAUGAAAAUUUGUUAAGUGUUGAAGAAGUAACUGAUUAUUUAGAAACAGCUGAUUGUCCUGUAUCAAGAAAAGAUUUGAUUCAAAAAAUUUAUCUACAGUUAACACAUUUAUGCCAAGAGAAUGGUACAGUUGGUCAGACUAGACAAGUAGCUAAUAAAUUGAAAUUAUUGACACCGGUAGAUAAACCAGAGUUAACUGCUGAAUUAUUUAAUGAAAUUGAAGACCAUUUACAUAGAGUGAUCAUGGCUAAAGAAAUAUUUCAAUCACAAAUGGAUGAAGUAGAAAAGGAUACGAAAUGUAAUGAAUUAUUAGAAAAUCCUAUAAACCAAUUGAAAUUACGCAAUAUUCAUACACCUGAAUUAAUUGAUAAACUAACGGCCGACGUCUAUUCAAAUCCAACGAUCAAGAAAUCAUCUGGUGAUUACUUAUUAUCAAUUAAUCGUUUAAUUGAUAAUCUUUUAAAAUCUGAUGCACAAAUAUCACCAACAUUACAGAAUUUAGCUCGAGAAAUCCGGAUACAUUUCAAUGGAAUUAUAAAUUUUAACUGUUAUUGUUUGGGAACCAGUGGAAAAUUGUCCUUAUCACAAAAUGACUCAUGUAACGAAGACUAUCAGUAUUAUUCAGAUAACAUGGUUCUUGAAACUUCAGUCUCUGAAAGAAAAACUUUGUUACAGACCUACUUCAAAUUUACAGAAUCUUUAUUCGCACAACAAAAAUUAUAUCUGGAAGCACGACUAAGAGAUUUGAUUGUGACCGGUGGAAAUAGUAGCUCAUCUGACCGACUUGAAGAUUUGUUAAAUCUACAGAGUUUAUGGUAUGAAACCAAUGAAAAAUUGGAUAAAAAAUUUCAUAAAGCAACUCUACUAGAAGAGCAACUUAGUACGGCACAACAGUUAUUAAUUGAUUAUACUAAAACUCCAACAAAUGAAAUUUAUAAUCAAUGUAUAAAAUUAUUAACAGAAUUAGAACAAACUUAUCAUUGGAAACUAACAUUAGAUAAAGAACGAUUAAAAUAUAAAGAUUAUUUAGAUAUCAAUUAUAUUGAUUUAAAAAAUAAAUUUAUUACUGAUGAUUAUAUUCUAUUAAAUGAUAAAUUAUUAAAUAUGUAUGAAAAACAAUUACAAUGUACAAAUCGUUUACUAAAUUGUAUACAAAAUGAUUUAAAAUGUUGUCAUGAUGGUUUAACUUCGCAACUUGGUGCAUAUAUAAAUACUUUAGAAAGUGAAUUACAGACCUGUAAUAAAUCUCUGAUGGAUUCAGCAAGAAUCCUUCAAGAGAUUAAUGAUGAUAUAAAAUUAAGACGGAAAAGUCAAACAAAUCAAAUACACUCUGAAAAUUCAGAGAACAUCAAUGUUCUUGAGGAAGAUAAUGAUGAAAUAGUUUGGUUGAAAGUUUUACUAUCAACACAAAAAAACCGCUUAGAUACUUACAAUAAUGAAUUUGAAUUGAAUAAAAAGGAUUGGCUUAAACGUUACCAAUUAUGGCAGUCAUUUAAUGAACGAUUAAGAGAUUUAAAAUUGACAACUAACCAUUUGCUGAAAUUACAAAACGAAGGCGAUCAAACAGAACUCUCAGAUAUUGAGAAUAAAAUUAAAGACACAUGUAUAGAAUUUGCCUCACUCCGACAACAUAGUUCUAAGUUGAUUAGUAUGAAUUCAACACGUAUCAAAGCACCUGUUAAACAAUAUUCAUUACCGUCUAGUACUGGGAUAUCUUCAUCAAUAACAAGUUCAACAUUUACGGGAGCAUUAGACCCAAUAGCAACAAGUUCAAAAAGUUCCAAUGAUGAAAAUGAACUAACGACAACAGAUAUUUACAAUAAAGAUAAACCCCCAACAGUUCCACCUCGUCGGCAUAGUCUAUAUCGUGGACAUACUAUUCAGUCAAUAGAACAUGAUCAUGAAUUCGUAAGAUAUGAAUUGAAUAGAUUAGAAAAUGAAUUACUUAGUUUGUGUCGUAAAUAUGGAACAUUGAACUACGUAACACAACCUUUAGCUGUUAAGCAAACCUCAAAUACAUCGAUUUAUCCAGAGAAAUCAGUCAGUGAAUUAAAUCCAUCACAACAAAUAACUAUUAACAAACUCAGGUCCAGUGAGAAUAACACCGACCACAGCGAUAAGAAUAACAAAUCUUUCAAUCAAGUAUUUUCAGUCAAAGAGAUUCCAAUUAAUUUCGAACAUUCAUCUACGUCAACAGUGACCAACGACAAGGGGAUAAAUGAACAAACUGUCCAAUCAGAUGAUAUAAGAACAUGUUUAACUGGAUUAAAUGAAUCUAUUGAUUGGUUUAUUCAUGAGUCUUGUUUAAUUCCAGUGAAUAUCUCUGAAUAUAUGGAAAGUGGAAAGAAAUUAGAUGAAUUUUUUAUGGACGAACGUUUCUGGUGUAUAAAAUCACAAACUAAUCAAUCUUCAAAAAGUAAUGGUACAGGUAAUAAACGAAUUGAAGUCAAUAAUAAUUAUGUACAAUUGAAAUUGAAAGAACUUCAUAAUACUGAAUGGAAAUCAACGGACUGGAGAAAUUGUAUAGAGAUAUUUAAUGAUAAAUCCAAAGUACUACUUAAAUCAAGUACAUUAUCAGAUCAUAGUGCAGAAUUAAGUCAAUUAGAAUUAGCAUGUUCUAAAUCAGAAACUAUUUUAAAUUUCGCUUUUAAUUCAUUAUUAAAAUAUCGAGAAAUUCUGCAUACAUUUAAAACAGAUUUAGCUAAAAUUGAAGGAUCUAUACGACAAAUUGAAUUAAUUAAAAAUUCAACUGAAGAUCCGGAUCAAAUUAUUCAAGAAUUAAGUAUAAGUAAAUGGUUAAAAAUUUUAUGUGAACAAACAAAAUCUCAUAAGUCAAAACGUGAUGGACUUGCAACUAAUGAAUGUAUCAAAGAAUUAGAUCCGCAAUAUGGUAAAUUAGGUAUACAGUUAGUCUUACUUGGCAAUCUUUGGAACACUGCACAAAGUCAUUUAUGUGAGUUAAAUCAAAAGGUUCAUGAUUCAAUGGAAUUUACAUAUUCUGCAUCAAUUCAAAAUUAUGUUCAAGAUAUAUUAGAUGAAUGGAAUCAUUUAAGCAACACCUUACAAUUACCAUCAGCAUCAUCUGAAUUCGUCUCUACGACAACACCGAUGACAGAAAAUAAAAUUCUUCUUAAUAAUAAACCAGUAUUAGAGAAUACAGUUGGAAGUCAAACAAUGAAAACCAUAAAUGAAUCUGUUUCUUCCUCAGCGUUAAUAACAAGUCAAAUGAAUGAAUGUUACGCGACUAAUACUACAAAAACAGCAGAUACCUUAAAAUCACCACCAAUAACUGCAGUUAUUUCUAAUCCAUCUGAAACUUCAUCUUCAGUAUCAACUGUAAUAUGUCAUAAAUCUAUAUCACCUAUAUUGAAUCGUAUGCGUAAUGAAAUACAACAAUUAACUCGUUGGUUGACUACAAUCAAAAAUAUACUUGAAACUAGUCAAGCAAAACUUGGUGAUCGAUUUGAUCAAGAUACAGAAAGUCAACAAUUACAACAAAUUAAACAAGCUAUAACUGACGGGAUUUUGUCUGAAAAACUGGUGGUCUAUCAUCCAGCUACCAUACAGCUGAAGAUAAAACAAUUUCUGACAGAAUUUGAAGCACGUAAACCUCAAAUAGAAAGAAUACAUUAUGAAAAAGAACGUUUAUUAUCUUGGACAACAAAAAAUCCUUCAGUUGAAGAAUUAACAACACAAAUUGAUCAAUUACAAAAUCAAUGGAAUUCAGUUGAACAACAAAUGAUUGAACGUUCAGAAAAAUUAGAUCAAAUGUUAUCUGGUAUACAAACUUUAAAAGAAUUAGAACGUGAUGUUGAACGAGAAAUUAGCAAAACAGAAGCUGAUUUACAAAGUAUUGAUACAUCAAAGAAUCAGUCGAAUGAUCAAAGUUUAUCGACUUCUAGAAUUCUUGUUAUGACUCCAGAAACAUGUCGUAAACACUUACAAGAACUGAUCGAUAGUUUGCCGCAAAGAAGUGCUAAGAUUAAAUUAUAUCAAAAAGAGUGUGAAGCAUUAAUUAAACAGUUCCCUACAGAGGAUACUAGUCGGAUACGUGCUGACAUGGAACAAACAAUUAAACGUUGGAAUGAAUUAGAAAAAUCAAUUAAAAAAACUAAAACUCUCUAUCUUCAAGAAGCAUUAACACCAGUAUAUGAUCAUUUUAAAGAACAACAAACUAAAUUAAAAGAUCGAAGAACAUCCAGUUCAGAUGGUAUACGUAAACCAACACUAAAUGAACAAUUAGAAAUGAUAGAGAAUAAAUUUAACCAAAUAUCUAAACUUGAAGCAGAAUUAAAUCAAUCUGGUUCAAAUAUAGAUAAUCAAUUAUUAAUUGAAAAAAGAGCACAUCUUGUUACAGAAUCACAAACAUUACAAGCAGAAAUUAAUAUGAUCGCUACACAAAUAGCCAGUAGUGCAAAAUCUUCAGCGCAAGCAUUGAAUGUUUUGCCUAAUCAAGAAUUUUUCAGACGUUUACGUCAGUUAAGAGAUAAAAUUGCUAAUUUACGACGAACAAUGCAGUUGAAUUCUAACCAGUCACAUUUAUAUUUAACGAAAUUAAAAAAAUUAAACGAUUGGUUAUCACACAGAGAUGCUGCAUUUCGUGAAAUUCUUGUACCAAUUCAAGGAGAUAUGGGUAAUGUAAUUACCUUGAGAGAACAGUUAUUGGGUUUAUUUCAAGAACUUAAUAUAAAUCGUUUACAAAUUGAAGAAGUUUUAUGCCAUAGUAAUACACAACAUGAUAAUAUAAAUCAAAAUAAAUUAAAUUUUUCAAAUGAACGUGAAUCAGAAAUCGAUUCAGAUUUAUCUGAUACAGGAUGUAAAAGUAAUUUUGAAUAUAAAUCUAAUAUAGAAGAUCGUAAUUUACGAACUAAUCGUCGUAUAACACGUCAUUUAUAUCAUUUAAAGAAAAAAUGGUUAAAUUUAAAUAAUAAUAUGCUAGAUUUUAAAUGUCAACUUGAUGGUAUAUGGGAGCGUCUAUCCAAUUUUAAUUCAUUAUUAAAUGAUGCUGUAGCUCAAGUGAAAAGUGCUGAAUCUGUAACAUUGAAAUGGAUCCCUAUAGAGUUUUUACCAAGUGAACAUAUAAAAACUGAAUUAGAUCAAACAAAGUCUUUUUAUGAAGCAUGUGAACCAUUGGCUCAUUCAUUGGACAGCCUAGAACGACAAGUACUUCAAUUACAAGAAAUACAAGUACAAAUCGAACCAAAAUUACGUGUACAGUUAAAUUGUAUCAGAAAUGAAUUCGAAAGAAUACGUGUUAUUACACAAACUCGAAUUCAUCAACUUAAUCAAAGUUUAUCAGCACUACAGAUGAUGCCACAAAGACCAAAAUAUCAAACUGUUACACGUAAUUCUUCUCAACGUACUCAAGCAUCACGUCAUGAAGCUAUAGAACCAGUUGAUCAAACUAUCCCAAAGACUUCAGGACAAUCAAAAAAUGUUCCAUUACACGAUUCCGUUCGUUUACCAUGGGAAAGAUGUGUUCAUCCAUCUGGUACACAAGUUCCAUAUUAUAAAAAUCAUGAAACCCAAGAAACUCAAUGGGAUCAUCCAAUUUUAUGUGAUUUAAUGAAAUCUAUGAAACAAUUUAAUACUGUUCGUUUCUCUGAUUAUCGGACUGGUUUAAAACUACGUCGUUUACAAAAAGAAUUAUGUUUUGAUUCGAUAAGUAUCUCAAUUGUUGCCGAAAGUUUAAAACAUAUUGGUCAUUCACAAACAUUAAGUAAUCCUAUACUUGGUCAACAAACAACUGAUCCAUUUGAUCGUAUGAUAAGUGUACCUCAAAUUAUUGAUUAUUUACUACAAUUGUUUAAUCAUACAAGAACUUUAUACGGAUUAAAUAAUCGUAAUCAAAAAUCUACAACUGAUAGUUCUUAUGAACAUAAUUCUAGAGUUGAUGCAGAUAAUUUGAAAGUAAAUGAACCAUGUCUAAAUAAUGUUCAUGGUUCUAAUUCCAACUUGAAAGAUGGUAUUAAUGAACGCUAUUCAACACUGCCAGGUUCACGACCUACCGAUUGUGAAUUAAAAUCAAGUACAAUUGAAUCACAAAAUCAUUCAAGAAAUUGUAUGGGAAGUUUUUUACGUUCAUCUUCAACAACACGUCCAAGUAAAUCAAUAUUAUUUUCUUCACCAUCAACUGAACCUGAAAAUAGUAGAAAAUUGACUAAAACUCCUGUUCGUGAUCCAGGUUGUCAUACAAUAGAGAAUGAAAAUACAUUAAGUGAGGAUAAUCGAAGUUCUAGUCUACCUGUAUGCACAAUUAUGCAAGUGAAUAAUUAUAAUAACAAUAAAGAUAUGAAUAGUGUUAAUCGUGGUCGACGAAAUACAAUGAGACGUAGAAAGCAUUAUUUAAUUGGUUCAAUUAAACGUCCAGUGAAUGUAUGCGUUGAUCUUAUAUUGAAUUGGUUAUUAAAUGUUUAUGACCGAAUGCGAUGUGGUACCAUUCGUGUUCUUUCAUUCAAAGUAGCAUUAGCUUUAAUGUCAAUGGCAAAUUUAGAUGAAAAAUAUCGAUAUCUAUUCAGUCUGAUAUCUGAUCGUGAUGGUUGUGUAGAUGAGCAACGACUAGGUGCUCUAUUGUAUGAAUGUGUACUAAUUCCACGUAAUCUUGGUGAAACUGGACAGUUUGGAAAUGAAGAUUUUAAUCAAUAUGUAAAAACGUGUUUCCAACAAGUCCUUGAAAUUUCAAAGCAUUCGGAUAAAAUAGAUGGAACUUUAACAUAUCAUUCUAAACCGUCAGCAAGGAUUGUUCAUUUCCUGACAUGGCUUCGUUUAAAUCCACAAAUGUUAACAUGGUUACCAUUAUUACAUCGUCUUGCUUUAUCUGAGCAAGUAAUUCAUCAUAUACGUUGUAGUGUAUGUCAUAAUCAACCUCUUAUUGGACUAAGAUAUCGUUGUUUACGUUGUCUAAAUUUUGACAUGUGUCAGCAAUGCUUUUUUGCUGGAAGAACAUCUCGAAAUCAUAAGCUUACUCAUCCAAUGCAAGAGUAUUGUAGUCAUUCUACAUCUACAGAUUCAUUUAAAGAUUUUACACGAAUUGUAAGAAAUCGUUUUCGAUCCAGAGAUCGUUUAAAUGAUGAAAAUGAACGUCGUAAAAUUAAUAAUACAAAUGGUCAAAAAGUCAGACGAUCCAGUACAAGUCGUACAAGAUGUAAACGCAAUAGUUUGAAUAGUUUUGAUGAAGAUAAACCUCGUCCAGCACCAACUUACAGUCAAGAUCCAUUCUCUGAUUUUGCAGAAUAUCAAAAUUUAGACACUCCGUUCGUUAAUGAUCAGAAAUGCCCAUAUCGAAAUUCGAUCUCGAAUACACAAUCACCUCAACAUUAUUUUCUAAACGAGACAAGUAAUAAUUAUAACAAUAAUGAUAAUAAUAAUCAACGUCCUAGUCCAAGUUGUAGACCAUUAUCAAAUGUAGCUAUACCUUCAAAUCAAUACUCAAUGCCACCGCGUGCAUCAUCUGAUACUCAAUCAUUAAUGUCUAGACAGAAAAAUAUCAAUACGAAUUUAUUUACAACACCACCACCAUUAACAACAACAACCCCAUCACCUCAAACUUUACAAAUGAACUCAAGAUUAAAUACCGACCUUGACGGUAGUUACAAGCCAACUAGUGAACGUGUAAAUAUUCAACAACAUCAUGGUGAUAAUGAAGAACAUAAAUUAAUUGCACGUUAUAGUCAAGAAUUAAGACAAUAUAGCGAACCUGAAUUGCCUCAUUUGCAACAAACGUCAGUACUUCAAUCAAUGUCUUGUUCCACUGGUCCAAUGAUCAUGGAAAGAUCUACCAUAUCAGAUGGUAUUUCAACGAAUGUUCUAGGUAUGGAUGUUGAACAAACACAACCGUUUAUUAGUGGACAUCUUAGUUUGGACCGACGUCAUAUAGAUCGAGGGGUAACUUUCCCACCAUUAGGUUUUGGAAAUCCUGCACUACGUGGAUCUUUUUCUGGAUGGACACCACGUGCUUUAAAUGGUACUUUACGCACUGACAAUCAAUACGGCCCAACUGGUCAUUUAGCUCAAACAUCUUAUCACACUUCCAUGGGUCAAGAUGUUAAUCCAGAUAUUUAUGCACGUCAUAUUCAACGUACAUUUUCACUAAGAGCUAGAUCACAACCUCCACCGGAGAUUCAAGAAACAAUGUGGAAACCUAUCGGUAGCACAAAUAUACUUUCUCGUCCCCCAGCAUAUCUUACAAACUAUCCAAUCCAACAAUUACAACAACAGCCCUAUGGACAAAUGCAACAGACCGUUCGAUCACUUGAAGAUGAACAUCGUGCGUUACAGUAUGAAUAUGAUCGUUUAAGACAAAGAUCUACAACUCCAACGAAUAUAACGGGAUCGUAUGGUACAAUGAAUAGAAUACAAUAUUCACAACAACGUGUCAAUGCUAGAAUACCUCAUCUAAAUCCUUUAUUAUAUCCUCAACCAUUCCAGUCAACAGAAACAGGUCGUGUAAAUAGUAUACAAAGAACUAUAACUCCAACUAAUUCACCGUGUAGAACAUUAUCAAUUAAUAGUGGCCACUUUUUAUCAAGUCCAUUGGAUUCAGGCAUCGUACCUUUAUCAGCACAAAAUUUGCCUGGACGAGCUAAUAGUUCUUCUCUUGACCUUGGAUAUACUACUGACCAGUAUACUACAGAUUCGACAUCGGCACCAUACAAAUAUCAAGGACAUAUGAAUGAAGCAAUAUUGGUUGGUGGUGUAGCCAAUGAACCACAUCAAGAAUCCCGAUUAUUAUGGGAACAUAAAGGACGUCUUGAAGCUAGAAUGGUAAUGCUUGAAGAACAUAAUCGACAACUGGAACAACAGUUACAACGUCUUCGACAAUAUCUUGUCAGUGGAAAUUCUGCACCUGAUCCCAUUCCAUUACAUAAUACAAAUUCUACAGGAGAAUUUGUUCAUGGAGGAAUCAGUAAUCAAAAUAACGUAAGCAUACGUCAGCGUUCAUCAUCCGGUGGUAUAAAUAAAAACAAUUCUAAAAACUGUUCAGAAAGUAUUGUUCAAUUAAUUGGAACCCCUAUGGAAUCAAACCAUCAAUAUAAUUCUAACAGACAAAUAGCACAAAGAUCUUAUUCAGAAAGAUCUCCAGAGAAUAUUAAACAUCCACUUCCACAUCGUAUAGCUGACGAUAUCAUCACUGAUAUUUCACAACGUAAACCUGAGUUAAGACUAUAG